AUUCUUUUUCUAAAUGAUUUCAGUCUUCAACAGUGCACCUAACGUAUCAUGCUGAUUCUGUCCCCGGAGAGCAACACAAAUACCCUCUUCUGGAGAUUUCUACAUGAAGAACAUCAAAAUUCCAUGAUCUAUGUGCUAGAACUAUUGGUGUUAGGGUUUGUGGGUUGGCGAAUUUGGAGGUUUACACUGUCUCCGAUGAUCUAUCCCAACGAUCCCAAGGAACUACCCUACUGGAUACCAUUUAUUGGUCAUGGCCUCGAGUUUUUCCAUGACUCACAAGCCUUACUGGCCAAAGCAAGCAAUUACUUCGCCAAUUCAAAAGACCCUUUCGCAUUGACCGUCUUCGGCUCAAAACUAUACGUUAUAUCAGACUCGAAACAGACAAACGAAGUAUACAAAAACCUUGAAACACUCUCGUUCAUAGAGUUUGUCCAGGGACUUUUCAAGAUCAAUGGAGUCAGUGAAGCUGGUAUCAAGGCUGCAUACACGGACUUACCAGUCGACAAACCUGGUUUCCCGAAUCCUCAGGGGAAAUCACUUGGGGGCACACUCGUGCGGCAGAUGCAUAUCCACCAGCUGUACCCCGGAGAGAAUCUAGAUCAUUUAGAGGCUCGGUUUUUGGAGUACUUCGAGAAGAAUCUUACCCUACCCAUGCUAAGGACGGCAUGUGCGCCAUACUUACUUUCCCAGGAUGAUACUUCAGUCGACGUACCGCUCAUGCGUUGGUGUUCUGAAUACUUCGUCCGAGCUGGUGGAUUAGCUUAUUUCGGUGACAUGCUAGGCGCAAUUGAUCCAGAACUGGCGCCUACUUUUAUUGCAUUUGAUGAUCUCUCAUGGCAGGCUAUUUAUCAGUAUCCACGGUCCUGGUCCAAGGUUAUGAGCGCAAAGAGGGAUCAGACUCAGAGAGCUUUCAGAAAGUAUUUUGAGGUUCCUCAAAAUCUGAGGACGGGGGAUGCGUGGUUUACGAAGACUAUGGAGAAUGAAUUACGUGCUGUGGGGGUUGGGACUAAUGAUAUUGCCACAAUUCUGGUCACGCUGCACUGGGCUAUAAACACAAACACACGCAAAGUUGCCUUCUGGAUGCUGACAUACCUCCUCCACAACACUUCGUAUAUCGGACCACUCCGAAAAGAAACAGCUGCUGCAUUUGACGGAGACAAACCCGUCGACCUGGAGCAUCUUCAUAACAAUUGUCCAUUAUUGGAGAGCUUCUGGUUUGAGACAUUACGAAUGUCCUCGAAUGCUGCCUCUGUCCGGCUUGUGAAUAAGGACACUAUUAUAGGAAAUAGGGUCCUUCGUAAUGGCAACCGUAUCAUGAUACCGUACCGCCUCCUCCAUUUCGACGAAACCGUCCACGGCCCCGACGUCUACUCUUUCAAACCUGAACGAUUUGCAGGUGCGAAUGCCGAGAAAUUGACGCGAGGGGAUAUUUGGCGGCCCUUUGGUGGUGGGAAGACGAUGUGUAGUGGUCGACACAUAGCGAAGCGUGCCACGCUUAUGUUCUUGUCUAUAGUGCUCCGAAAGUUUGAUAUAGAGAUCCUCGGAGAGAGAAAUAUGCCUGCUCCGGACUUGGGGAGGCCGGUGCUUGGAAUUAUGGCUGUCAAAGAUGAUCAGGAUUAUACUGUGAGAGUUUCGGAGAGAAACCGGGUUUCGGAGUAA